CUCUCUAAUCUAACGAAGGGAAAAUGAAGAGACUAAAGUAUUAGUUGGUGUAGGGGCGUGAAAUUUAUUCAGCAAGCGGUAUCUUAUUUCAAUUAUGGCAAUAACCACUAUAGUCAGAAGCAAAAAAGGCCGAUGGUUGUUCGCGGGCAUUUUAAUCCUCAUUAUAAUAGCUGUUGCCAUUGGGAUAACAAUUUAUCUGCUCGACGGCGUAGCAUUUAAUGUAGAAAAAACAGCGAAAGCCUCAGUGGUGACAAAUGGAUAUCACUGCUCUGAAAUUGGGACUUCGAUAUUCGAGAAGGGCGGCAACGCUGCGGAAGCGGCGAUAGCCGCCGCCCUGUGCGAAGGGGUGGUUAAUCCGCAAAGCAUGGGCCUGGGGGGAGGGUUCCUCCUGACGAUUUACAACAAAACCACGGGGGAGGUGUGGUCGCUCAACUCCAGGGAAGCGGCCCCUGCCGCCGCCACCACAGACAUGUACCAAGGCAACGAAAGUUUGGCUCAAAGAGGAGGCCUUUCAGUAGCUGUGCCGUCUGAACUGAUAGGGUAUUGGUAUCUUUACGAGAGAUUUGGCGGAUAUCUCCCUUGGAGAGACCUAGUACAACCGACAAUAGAUCUCUGUUACAAUGGGAUAUAUGUUAACAGCUAUCUAGCUACGAUUUUACAGAAUAACAAAGAUGUUUUACUUAGUGAUGCAGUUUUAAGUGACGCCUUCAUCGACCCUUCAACAAACGAACCCUACGGAGAAGGCGAAUACAUGAAGAGACUGAAGCUGGCGGAGACCCUAGAGGUGAUAGCCGAGGAAGGGGGGUACGCUUUGCACAACGGAUCUCUUACAGAAGCAUUCGCCCAAGAUAUCAGAGACAACGGUGGCAUUAUAACAGCCGAUGACCUGAGGAAUUAUAGACCCAAAUGGCAGCAGCCAGUCCACGCCAUGUUCUCUGGAAACGAAUCACUCUAUUCGGCCCCUUUGCCAGGGUCCGGCUUGAUUCUAACGUUUAUUUUAAACAUUCUAGACAGUUUUGUGGAUCCCAGCGACUCCGACUCAGUAGCUACGUACCAAAGGAUCAUAGAAGCGUUCAAAUUCGCCUACGGAAGUCGAACCGAACUAGGAGACCCCGAUUUUCUACAAAUAGACGAGUUGAUAUCAAAUCUCACGUCAAAAAGCUACGCCCAAUACAUCAGACAGUUCAUCUUCGACAACCAAACAUUCCAAGACCCCUCGUACUACGGCGCGAACACCACCCUCACCGAAGACUACGGCACUGCCCACAUCUCCGUCCUGGCGCCCAACGGCGACGCUGUAGCCAUAACGAGCACCAUCAACUACGUCUUCGGCGCGAAGUUCGCGUCCAACAGCACUGGCAUCAUCCUGAACAACGAAAUGGACGACUUCUCGUCGCCGAAUAUAACCAGCGGUUAUGACAUUUCACCCUCUCCGGCAAAUUUCAUCGUCGGAGGAAAACAACCACUGUCUUCCAUGUGUCCAACUAUUAUUCUGGACGGGAACGGGGACGUGAUCAUGGUUACUGGGGCUGCUGGUGGUACCAAAAUCACCACUACGGUGUCCCUUUUGAUUAUGAAACAUCUCUGGUUUGGAAUGGACCUGCUAUCAGCGAUGGACGACAAAAGACUGCACCACCAGCUGUUCCCAAUGAGAAUAACCUUCGAGGGACCCUACUCAACAGAAGAUCUACAUAUUGUCGAAGGUCUGUCCAAUAUAGGACAUAACUACACUAUUCAACUCACAGAUGGUUUCGCAGCGGCUACGUCGAUAUCUCGAGACAGAAGUACAAAUAAAGUGACUGGGGUUUCUGAUAAAAGAAGACCAGGAACAGUGUCAUAUUUGUAUUAAUAAAAUAACACAAAUAAAAUCGGUUUUGUACCAUUUAUUAACAAAAUUUAUUCCUUAUUCUUUUGAUACAUGAUAGAAGUACCG